AUGGCUCCAAUGGCGACCCAAGUCGUGCCCGGGACCAAGGAUGUGUCCAGAUACCACGCCUCGUCGACGCAGUCGGCCAUCGCGGAGGAGGAGCAGUACGCUGCCCACAACUACCACCCGCUGCCCGUCGUCUUCGCGCGCGCAUCUGGCACGUCUGUCUGGGACCCCGAGGGGAAGCACUAUCUCGACUUCCUGUCCGCCUACUCGGCCGUCAACCAGGGCCACUGCCACCCGGAGCUCGUCAAGACGCUGACCGAGCAGGCCUCGACCCUCACCCUCAGCUCCAGGGCCUUCUACAACGACGUCUUCCCCAAGUUCGCCAAGUUCGUCACCGAGUUCUUCGGCUACGACAUGGUCCUGCCCAUGAACACCGGCGCGGAGGCCGUCGAGACCGGCAUCAAGAUCGCCCGCAAAUGGGGGUACAAGGUCAAGGGCAUCCCCCAGAACGAGGCCAUCAUCCUCAGCGUCGAGGACAACUUCCACGGCCGUACCUUCGCCGCCAUCUCCAUGUCUACGGACCCCGAGUCAAGGGAGAACUACGGCCCAUACCUGCCCAACAUCGGCAGUGUCAUUCCUGGCACCGACAAGCCCAUCAAGUACAACGACAUCGAGUCCCUCCGCGCGGCUUUCGAUGCUGCCGGCCCCAAGAUCGCUGCCUUCCUCCUCGAGCCCAUCCAGGGUGAGGCCGGCAUCAUGGUGCCAGACGAGGCCUACCUGCGCGAGGCCAAGGCCCUCUGCGAGAAGCACAACGCCCUCCUGAUCUGUGAUGAAGUCCAGACCGGCAUUGCUCGCACCGGAAAGCUUCUCUGCCAGGAGUGGAGCGGCGUCAAGGCUGACCUCGUCCUCCUCGGCAAGGCCAUCUCCGGCGGCAUGUACCCUGUCUCCUGUGUCCUUGGACGCAAGGACGUCAUGCUUACCAUCGAGCCCGGCACCCACGGCUCUACCUACGGUGGUAACCCGCUCGGAUGUGCCAUCGCCAUCCGUGCCCUGGAGCUCAUCCGUGACGAGAAGAUGGUCGACCGUGCCCUGACGCUCGGCGAGCAGUUCCGUACCGGCCUGAACGCCAUCAAAUCCCCCAUCAUCAAGACCGUCCGAGGCAGAGGACUGCUGAACGCCAUGGUUGUUGAUGAGUCCCAGACCAACGGACACACCGCCUGGGAUCUGUGCAUGCUGAUGAAAUCCAAGGGCCUGCUCGCCAAGCCCACCCACCAGAACAUCAUCCGAUUCGCCCCUCCACUCGUCAUCACCGAAGACCAAAUCAAGGACUCCCUCAAAAUCAUCGAGGAAGCCCUCAAGGAACUCCCAACCUCGCCCAAAUAA